AUGCCAACUACAGUUGAACUGUGGUUUUGCUAACUCAUGAAGCAUUUCAUAUCAACCUCAAGAGGGAACUCGUUGGGAGCAUAUAAUUUUCCUCAAUAGUAUUUGAAAAGUUUGGACCAAGGAUGGAGACUGCAUAAACCAUGGUUCAGCGGCUUAAUUUGUUUGUUGUUGCUCCAGAAACUAUAUCCAUUUUAUGUAAAAGAGGCAGAGAGUCUCGGAGAAAGAAGAGAGAGAAGAGAAAAAUUGCUCGGCUCUUAGGGUUUUGUGUCAUAUUUUCAAACGGCCUUUUCUUAUCCACUUCUUUUCAAACACUGACUGUGUUGGAAUUGUCGCGGUUUCCUGCCGCCAGGAUAUCUAUCCAUCAGCACCACGUCUCUAUAUUUUGCGCCGGAGGACGAACACCAAGGCAUUCUGCCAACCGAACUCCAUCUUCUUUUCGAGUCUUGCAACCAAAUGUCAUUUCUCUUAUCUCAGAUACAGAAAUGGACACAUCAUCUUGAUCAACAUUUAUUCUCCGCCAUCUGUAGCCCCGUCUGAAGGUGCUCCACUCAGCUCCAGAUUAUCCCAGCCACCAUCAGUUUCUGUUCCUGGUGGCCAUUUAGCGUUCUUUCUUGUUCCCUGUCUAAUGAGAUCAGUCACCAUCGUCAUGGAGAUUACUGCUAUUAGUAGAGCUGGUCGACUAGAGUGGU